AUUGAAAUGGGAUGCAUUUCUAACAAAAACCAUCUCAAUGUCUGCAUAAAUUCACAAGAACCACCCUUGACCCUUCCAAAACAUAAACCCAUGAUGUGGGAUUACAAUUUGCCCAAAAAGAAAAAAACAAAGUCGACAAAUUUUUCUAGAAUUCAAUUCGUCAAUUCAUUUGGAUGCUCAGACGAUCGCUCAAUUUCUGAAUCCCUCAAAUUGUUCGAAUUGAUUCAUCUUCUCACCACAAACCACAAGACAAUCACCAGAAUUACCAAAGAGGUGGUCGAAGAUUUCGCCGCCGAGAACGUCGUUUAUUUGGAGCUGAGGACAACUCCCAAGAGGAAUGACUCGGAAGGGAUGAGUAAGAGGUCGUACAUGGAGGCUGUUGUGGAGGGCUUGAGGUCUGUUAGUACUGUUGAAAUUGACAUUUUUCGUGGGUCAGAUGUAGAAGAAAGUCAUGGUAAUGGCCAUUCACAAAGAAAGAAGAUUUAUGUUAGACUUCUUCUCAGCAUUGACCGGCGCGAAACCAGAGAAGCUGCCAUGGGAACUGUCCAGCUUGCUAUGGAAAUGAGGCAUUUAGGGGUCGUGGGAAUCGACCUUUGUGGCAAUCCCAUGAUUGGUGAAUGGACAACUUUUUGGCCUGUGUUGGAGUUUGCAAGAGAACAGGGACUCUUAGUCACCCUUCACUGUGGAGAGGUGCCAAACAUGGAGGAAAUCAAUGCAAUGCUAGAUUUUCUACCUGCAAGAAUCGGCCAUGCUUGUUGCCUUAAACAAGAGGAAUGGAAAAAAUUGAAGUCCUAUAAGAUCCCGGUUGAGAUUUGUUUGACGUCCAACAUCAGAACCGAGAUCAUCUCUUCGUUGGACAUUCACCAUUUUGCUGAUUUGUACAAUUGUAAGCACCCGAUUGUGUUGUGCACUGACGACUCGGGUGUUUUCUCUACCACCUUGUCUCGGGAAUACGCCAUUGCCUCUUCUGCAUUCGGCAUAGAAAAGAGAGAAAUGUUUGAGCUGGCAAGGAAUGCCAUUGGUUUCAUCUUUGCUGGUGAUGGGGUCAAACUUGAGUUGGAGCAAAUCUUUGAUUUGGCUGCUGAAAGGCUACAAUUCUGAAGGAAGAAAAGAAGGGAUUUUAUUUAAUAAUUCGUGAUUAAAUAAUGAUAUUAAGAAGGCACUAUAUAUUCAAGAAUGUGUAAAUUGAUUCUAAUAAUAGAGUAAUAAAUAAUAGUGAAAUUU